UCUUACAGAGAGUGAGGACAGAGGAUGGAGUUUAAGACAGCUCAUCAUUCAGCAGCUAAGAGAUCUGGAAUGGAUCUGUUGAUGCCUGUCUUGUGUAUUCUGGACACAAGUGUGCCACAGGAUAGGCAACAAUGCCUUCUUAAGGCAAGAAAGGCGGCCAGGGCAUGCCAGUCGUCAAAAACAUCCCAAACGUAUGACGACAGCAGGCUGAGGGAUCCCAAGACGGCUAUUGAGGAAAGUAAUAUAUAUCAGCAUAGGUGUCCAAGACGCACGACCAACAUACGGUCACAUGUCCAUGUGCACUAGAAUUCUUAUAUUGUUAUUUUAUAGUUAUAACAACACUUUCGAUGUCUUAAAUCUGCAGCUAAAAGGAGAUGCCAGAUAAUCACGGCAACUCCGACAGAGAAGCAGUUUUUUGGUCAGCUAAUUAUUACUUUUGGAAAGUACAAUGGCAAAAGCUUAAAGUGGCUGGUGGAAAAUGAUGUAGGAUACAUUAAAUACAUCCUGGACUGCCAUAUGAAAGAGGGCCGUCAACCAGACAGGAAAGCUGGAAUCAAAGAUGAGUGGGUGAAGGAUUACCUGCUCAAAUACGUGUAGUUGUUUCCUCCAGUCUCCUGCCACCUGGAGAUCAACGUUGACCGGGCCAUUUAUGGCCAGGGCCGCUUCAGGUCCUUCACAUUCCAGGAAAUGUGGCAGUGGUACAGCCUUCACAAGCACCUCCAAGCUGACCCUCAGGCUGGGAGUGACCAUGAGAGGAAGAUGGCUCAGGAGGCUUUCUCCUCCGUUCGACAGUGGCUCGUCAUGAAGGAGGACGACGUCUCUUCAAAGUUGCUGAAGCGCUUCAGACUCUAUAUUGUCACCAAAGAGACAGAGAAACCUCAGCAGAAAGUGGCCCCUCCCGCAGCAACCGCCACGUCGUCCAGCACUGCCACGUCAUCUAGCAACCGCCACCAGCACUGCCACCAUGUCGUCCAGCACCACCACCAGCACCACCACCACGUCGUCCAGCACCGCAACCGCGUUGUCCAGCACUGCCACGUCCAGCUCUUUGGGGUCCAAAGUUGGACCGAUGAUGCUCUGCUGGCUGAAGCUCUCGCCACUUUUGAAAGGCAAGGGGACACUGACCCGACCCCUCCCGGAAAAGAGGCUGAACCAGAGCCUCCACACCAGCCACAGACAGACAGCCACCUGUAAGGCCACAGUUCAUAGAUCAUGACCAUCAACAUGUAGUUUUAUACUAAUACAUACUCCUCCAGCACCUGGUGGUCAACAUGGGAGGACCUCUGAUGUUACUGGCGCAGCGCUGCUGCCAAGCAAAGCCCCUGUGACCCCGGCAGCAGCGGCUGCUCAACCUGAGAUAAUAUUUGAGGGAUGGCAUAAAUCGUGGGAGUCUGGUCCUCACAGGCUCCCCAAAGCAGAUGUCAAGUGGCUGAAAGAGGGCUCUUCCAGAAGGAAAUGUCUUAUGAGGACAAGCACGGAAACAUCAGGAAGAGGAAAGUCCUCAAGGGUGACAGGAUGUGGUUUGAUCCACAUCAGCAGACUCCUUCUUUCGCAGCCGUGUGUUUUUCUGGAGGCCAGUAGGUGUGUGGGGUUACAGCCUUCGCUGUCCCAGGUCCGAGUGCCCCGCACGCGCCCAGAAGGACACUUUUCUGUACCGCUGUGGCUUUUCCAAAACGGUCAGACAGAUCUGCCACAUGUCUGGCUGGUAUUCCAUGCUGACAGAGGUCCUGGCCUGUAACGCGUGCAGGAAAGCUGCUAAGGAGUCUGAGCAACAUGUCAUCGGUCGCUUUGUGGCGUGGGAAGCAGCCAUAAUUAACAAGCUCAGCCCAGCUCACCGAGCCGCGUUCCCUGCCGUCUUAACACUAAUGCGUGGCGUGGACAAGCAGGUGGUCUGGCUGAUGAGGGAUCGCAGUGAGGGCAACACCAUGACCAAGGUGUGGAGGCACAUCCAGGAAAGCCACUGUGAGGAGUAUCUGCACAGAAAAGACCUCUAGACCACCCUCCUCAGCCAGCUCAAUAAGCCCGGUGGGAUCAUAACCAUCAGUUUCAGCAUCCGCCACCAAGGAGGGAGCUGCCGUCCCCAAAGCUGCUGAGGAAGUGCUUCCUCCUCGCUGAAACAGAGAACAUCGAGGACUACCGCACUCAGAUCAUGUCCACGUUUGGCAAAGUCCUUAAGUACGACUCCACCAAGAAGAAGCUUUCUGGACAAGGAAAAGGGACAGCAGAAUGGUGCACAAACGUGGCCAAUGAGCUUCCGUCCUUACCUGUGAGGAGUCUCUGGACAAACUGAGGCCAAUGGCUGAAGGCCUCAUGGCGAGAUAUAGGAGAGCAAAUGAGGCACCUCCUGAACUGAUGUACGUGGAUCGCGGCUGCUGUCGUGUGCAUGGUGUCUCAUCUUUGGAGCAGCUGUUCAGUGAGUGGGCCGACAGCGGCAUGAUGGUGCGGCUCGACAUCUUUCACUGGAUAACCAGGUUUAACGCGGCUCUCCGAACAGAUCACCACCCAAAAUACGCUCUCUUCAAGUCCGCGCUUUCUGCUGCUGUGUUCGUGAAUAACAAGGACGACCAAAUAUGCUUCCCUGUCUGAUGGUCAGAUCAUUGAAAUGCACGUCGGCAAAUCUGAUCUGAAGCAUUACGUCAGGAGGAUGACGGUUGGAGCCCAGGAGACCUUUGUCCGCGUGCAGAGUGCCAUCGACAUCUUGAAGGGAGCGGCUGGAAUGGACGAGAACCAGAUCCAUCUGUUCAAGGAUGCAGCAGCCAUUGACUGGGUCUGGGAAAACCAGCAGAAACACCUGGAGUACAUUCAGGAUCCACCAGGAAGAAACAUGUACACCAUCACCAAGUAUGUCACCCGUAAUGGCGUGCGCCUGCCGUACUACAGGACCGUGAGAGGCAGCAACAGCCUGGAGAGCUUCCACUCCUUCCUGCCCAGCAUGAUACCGGGGCCCCACUGUGCAGCUGUCCCCUUCCAGGUCUAUCUUCUCAGCGGCAUCGCACACUGGAACUCUGAAAGGGAGUCUGCCAAUGUGCCUCAACCAGAGGUGCCAGGAGUUUUUCGGCGAGCCGGAGGAGGUAAAUUUCCGACCACCUGUUCCUGCUGGUGACGAGCGAAUUGGUUUGGAGUAUCUGUUCUCCCAGUCGUCAGAACCUUUCCGUGCUCCUGACCAUUACGCUCAGGCCAGAGAGACGUUUCGAGCAGCCGAGAAUGAAGAUGAUGAUGAUGAGGUGAGUUUGUAUGUUUAGCAGUUAAAACCUUCCAUUAUCAGAUAUAUAGGUGGUUGCUGACCAGGAAGAAUCCCUGGAGGAAGAUGCGGGCUACAACUCUGACAGCGAGACUGACAAUCUGACUCCGCUGAGGAGGAAUCUGCGUCUUACCGACCAGGUUAUGGCUCCUGAGCUGGAUCCCUGUGUAUGCGGUCCAAAUCAUCUCCCCGGGUACCAACACGUAGAGGAGCUGAGCAGAGUACUUGUUGAGAUUGCCUUGGAGGAGGGAAAGCUUGCUCUCAGUGACUCUACAAGACAGAGAGUCGUCAGCGCCUGGAACAAGCUGGACCUCCACGACCGCAGCAUCCAGCAGUUUGACAGCCUCUACUCAGCACGCAGGGGCAACGCUCUGUUCGGCCGCUCCAAAGGUGAGCCGUCCGAGUCGUCUUUGGUGCAAAAGUUGAAGUUCAGCAAGCGUUACUCAGCCGCCUACCUGCUGGACUCCAGAAAGAACCGGCUGAUGUACUGCAUCAUUAAACAGCUGUGGCUUCAUCCUGACUGUGGCGCAAUGGCUCGAGGGUCGCCACAGAAGCACAAGAUCACCAAAAUGUACCAGCGUGUGCAGCAGAGAGUGACCGUGGAUGACACUGACCUCAGCAAACUCGGGAUUCCCAUCCUGACAAUCAACUCCAAGUGCGUUGCUGAGUUCAUCAGGAGACAGGAGGCCCUGUCAGCUACAAAUGUGACGGAUCAAGUUUUGGCUGUCCUCCGCCGUCAUCAGAGUGUUUCUAGUACUAGCCAACCCUCUGCAGCAGAGCUCCCGAAUGAGAGACCGCACACCAGUCGACCUCAAGUGCAGUAUGAGGUCACUCCAUCUUUGGCAGGCACCAGAAAACUCAAACCGAGGCAUGACCAUUUCGCCGGUCAACCCCCCGCUCAGCUGCCAGUUGCACCGAUUCAAACCGCCUGUACGUUCAGGCAGCCCACAGCACCUGCCUUUACAUGUUUUCUAGUUGUUCCCCAGGUGCAAGCAUCUGUUUCACUCCCCCAACAGCCUAGCUCGAUGAUCUCACCGGCAAGGUCAACUCUGUACAAGAGGAAGAAAGCAGAGUGCAGUGGCACUGGGCCUUCGCAGACUUUAAAAGGGCUAUGGACGAGGUUUUGGGCCUUCAGUCCCAGACCCCCCCGGCCGUCUGAGCAGACAUUUCCACCUGUACAUAUUUCAAUCCACACUUGCACUUUGCAUAUUGUUGCUGUGUUUUUACUGUAGCUGUAGGUGAGGUUGUGUGCACUCAGUGCCAGACCCCAGAAGCCUUCUCAGCAGACAUUUCAAUCUGUACAUAUUUCUGCUCACAAAUGCACUUUGCAUAUUGUUGUCGCUGUGUUUUUGAUUGCUGUUUAAGUUGCUGUGAAAGUUUAUAUCUUUGUAAUCCUUGAAGGACUGACAAAACAGCACUGAUUCUACUCAUUCUUGUUUGUAUUAUUAAUCUGUAUCAGUAUUGCCAUUAUUGUUAUUUUAAUGUUUAUCAUUAUUAUAGUAGUUGUUUUUAUUAGAAUGAUUAGUUGUAUUGAAACUGCUGAUUAGUCCUGGUGUCCUUUAGCUUUUUAAUCAACAUUGAUAAUACCUGUUCAGUGAGUUUGUAUGUUUAGCAGCUCAAACCUUCCAUUGUCAGAUAUUUUACGACAAAUAUAAUUACAUCUGUUUGUCUAUAUGUUGUUACAGAGGUAACUCGUAUUGUGUAAAGCAGCUUGACCUCUGUUGUUGACCAGUUUGAGGAAACAGAAUGUGCUUACUAUCUUGUACAGUAUGGUUUUAUUGUUUUCAUGACAUUUCAAUCAUGUCAGUGAUUUUGUCUACAAUGUAGUGCUGUUUUUCUGUUUCCAAUUUCAUGGACUUUAUUUAAUAAAGUGGUCAGUGCUACAGUAAGAGAAGAAGUUACUAAUGUAUUCACAUUAGUAACUUCUUCUCUAAAGACUUUGAGGAAAAGACAAAGCAUUCUCACACAAGUAUACUUUUGAUAUAAUAAUCUAUAUUUAAUUGAAAACAAUAUGUCCAGUAACGUGAAUACAUUACAUGAAUUAUGCUGCAUUCUUCAACGGCUUCAAGAGGUAUUACAAAAAACUGUUUAUUCAAAUCUGAAAUGGUUAAUAUCACAUGGAAUAGUACAGAUGAUAUCAACAGUCUCUGCAACAUUUUCUUUGAAUGAAGUGAGCUGUAUUGUGGACUCCUCCUGUAGACUGCUGCAAAUCCCCAAAAUCGUGACUGCGACUUCAUUGUUUCUGGUAGUAGGGGACUACGUUCACGCCCCUCCCUGUAAUCAUAUACAAAGAAAAUUGCAUUGCAGCCGUUUUUUUUGUUUAUAUUUCGGAGAAGUUUUAGGAGUACAUUAAAUAUUAUAUGAAAAUCAUUUCCUAUCAUUAAAGAAAUGUCUAAUAACAAC